CUUCACGCGCACACCGCGAACACUCGGCGAGCUGGCGGGCUGCGGCGCGGUAUUACAUGUUUUUAUUUUUCGUCACGAGCCGCGAAACGGUAACGUGUGUUCGGGACGCGUUUCAUUGAUCACAUCAGUGUAUUACUUGACUAUUACUAAACUGACAGUGUUGUGGAAGUGCAUAUACAUUUUGGAUUUAAAAUAAACUCGAGGAUUUAUGGUUGUGUUACCAACUUGGAAGUCAUCACAGAGGCCAGGCACAAAUUAACAAGGAUGAUGUGGAUUGACGAGACGCCAAAGAAGUUGAACGACACAGAUGACAGCGCCGAUUCAGUGAGCAGCGGUGAGGAGCUGCCAAUCUGGGUGCGAGGCGAACAAAGAUGGGUGUCGGGCGUUGUCGAAGAAACCACAUGCUUUGAUGUUAUCAAAGUUUUACUACAAGAUGAAGAAAAUAGAGGCAAACACACCGGAAAAGUCGAAGAAUACCACAUUACUGAACGAUGGCGUGGUGUGGAACAACCAUUAGAUGGCGAAGCAGCCAUAUUAGAUAUUUGGAAUGCUUGGGGCACUGCACAAACAGAAGUUAAAAUCUCGUUGAGAAGAUUAAAAUACGACCGCACAUUACGCCGGUCCCGUUGUCGCUCGGAUACCAGUCUAUGGUCAGAUAAAAACUCCUUCAAAACGGUGCACCCUAAGAGAUUGACAGCGCUCCAGAACGAGAAACAACCGUCUAGUACCGAGGAGCUUUUAAAGUUGGUAUUGGCUCAAGGUGAAGUGAUUAGAAAACAACUUAAAAAGCUCAGGCACAGUGAACAUCAAAUUGGAAACUUAGAAGAAAAGACUCAUCGAGCCAGGGUACGAAAACAUGGCAGUAAUUAUUUGCUGGAAACUUAUCUGAAAGGUUUAUCGGAAGCAAUUGAACCAGAAACCUCCGAAACACCUUUAGGCGAUAAAAACAGUGAUAGUGGUGUGGUAACUGAAGGAGACAGUGAACAAUCCAAUAACAAAGCAUCCAAUUCCGCUGAGAGUUCAUUUGAAAGAUUCUCGUCACCAUCUUCGCAUGAAUUCAACAAAGACCUCAAAGACGACGAUACUUCGUCCACAAUUAGUGAGGCUACUGUACGAGAACAAUUGGAUCUUUUUGACAAAAUAUCCAAACUAAACAAACGCCUACUUAAAGAAGAAGAAGCUUUAGUACGCUUGGAAGCUAACCUUAAGAAACAUGAGAAAUCUCAUAGCGCCACCGACGAGUUGUCGAAAAAUCUAACGCAAACUCGUACUGAACUCGCGAAAGGUUCUUGUGAAUUGCAACAUAAUGAUGUUGUACUGGAGGAAACCCUGGAAGCCAUCACGCAUCGACGAAACUAUCUGGAAACGUUGCACAAAGAUCUCACGAAUGAGGAUCAAGAGUUUGAAAUGUUGCAAACUUUGCUUUACAGGCAAAGCAUCAAUCAGCACAAGCUCAAGAUUCAGAGGCAGCAAUUGGAACAACAGCAACAGCAACAACAGCAACAACAAUUGCAGUUACAGCAUAAUCAACAACUGUUUGUACAGUCAUAUCCGUUGAGUCCACAGUUUCAAAAUCAGCAGAGUCAUCAAAGAUUAGGCGGUUACAAGGCGCAUCAUACCAAAGAAUUGUUAGAUACCUUAGUGUAGCACAAAAUUGCGACCAAUUUUGAAAAAUCCAAUUGAAUUGUUUGUGUUUGGGUUAAUUUUAUACCAAAUAUUUGUACCUAACAUCGAUUUUAAUCAGUGUUAAUGUGUAAGAUAGUGUAAUGAUACAUUUUCAAAGUCAUAUUUUAGAAUGUAAUGUCUAACAUUUAAAAUUUGUGCAUUUUGUAAAUAAAAUUUGUUUGUUUUUUAAUCAAAGCCAGUUUUGUGGAAAUUUUUGAUAAAUCUUAGUAGCCUGUGAGUAGAAAUUGUUUUACUAUUGUUUGAUCGUUGGCAGCUCAUGCAUUUGCACCGUUUUUGAUCUUUUUUCAUCAGCCUGAUUAAAUUAUCCGCAAUUAUUUGCAUCGAACGUUUCGCUGUUUUCUAAAACCAACGAUUAACAUAACUCUACUUGCGAAUCCGAAAAUGGCGUCAGGAGGGUCUGAUAUACCAAAGUGCUUCUGUCCCUGUGGCGAUUGCAAGUGCGGGGUCGGCUGCAAAUGCACACCAGAAAAUCGCAUGCCAGGCUGUUGCUGCCAGAUUUCAGCAUCGAAAGGGGGCCCAGCUGAAGUGUGUCUCUGCAAGUGUGAAGGCUGCAAAGCCGGCACCCAUUGCGGCGGCGAAUGCAAGGAAGGUACAUGUGGCGGCAAGUGCAUGUGCUCCUCAUUGAGAUGCUAAUCAUCCAACGAUGAUAUGAUGUAAACAAGAUCAAGACAACAGCUUUAUGUAACGUCAACUUUAUUUUUCUCCUCAAAAUAUGACCUUGUUUAAUGCAAAUAAAAAUUAAUCGUAAAAA